CAAUAAGACCAUAAGAGUAUCAAAUGGCCCAAUAGCCACACCAUCACACAUGAAAACCAAAACAUGCCGACAUUUUCUUGCUCUACCCAACUUCAAAUCCCACAGUAAAGCUCAUACCUUAGCUUAUGACAAUCUCAUUGGAACCCAGAAAUCUCAUUCACGUACCCUAAAACUUGGAAUCUCAGUUGUUGAAUCAAACCUUGUCAGUUGUUACUGUCAAUCUGGCGCAUUUUCACACGCUCAUCAAUCUUUUGAUGAAUGGCCCAAAUGGGAUGUAGUAUCGGCCACAAGACUGAUAGGUCACUUUGCAAGACACCAACAUCACAAAGAAGCCAUCUAUUUCUUCUCAAAAAUGCUUCAUUUGAAUAUCAGACCUAAUGAGUUCACAUUUGGUACGUUAGUUCACUCUUCCACAUCUCUAAAAGACCUCAAUUUAGGCAAGCAAAUUCACGCUUGUGCAAUGAAGACAAGCCUCGAAUCAAAUGUGUUUGUGGGCAGUGCAAUUUUGGAUAUUUAUGCCAAGUUGAGCACCAUAGAGGAAGCACAAAGAGCUUUGGGAGAUACCCACCAACCGAAUGUGGUUUCUUACACAACUUUGAUUUGUGGGUACCUCAAGAAACAGAGGUUUGACGAUGCUCUGGGGGUUUUUAGAACGAUGCCCGAACGAAACGUUGUUUCAUGGAAUGCGUUGAUUUGUGGGUAUAGCCAGACGGGCCAUAACGAAGAGGCAUUGAAUCUUUUCAUUGACAUGUUGAGGGAAGGUGUCGUGCCUACUCAGUCUACUUUUCCUUGUGCUAUCACUGGAGCUGCCAAUAUUGCAGCGCUUGGAAUGGGGAAGAGUUUUCAUGCUUGUGCUAUUAAGUUCUUGGGUGAGCUUAGUGUGUUUCUUGACAAUGCUCUAAUCAGCCUUUAUGCAAAAUGUGGAAGUAUGGAAGAUAGUCUCUUGGUGUUCGAUAAAAUUCCCGAACGAAAUGUUGUCUCGUGGAACGCUUUGAUAUGUGGUUAUGCACAAAAUGGGAAAGGAAAGGAAGCCAUAGAUUUCUACCGAAAAAUGUUAUUCACAGGUCUUAAACCUAAUAGUGUUACUCUUCUUGGUGUAUUGUUGGCUUGUAAUCAUGUUGGUCUUGUUGAUGAGGGCUUGUCAUAUUUCAAUCAAGCGAGACUUGAGGACCCUAGUAUACUAAAAUCCGAGCACUAUGCCUGUAUGGUUGAUUUGCUCUCUCGCUCAGGGAGGUUCAGGGAAGCAGAGAAAUUUAUCUGUGAUUUGCCUUUUGAUCCGGGAAUUGGCUUUUGGAAGGCAUUGCUUGGAGGUUGCCAGAUCCAUUCAAACAUGGAGUUGGGUGGAUUUGCUGCAAGAAAAAUUCUGGCUUUGGAUCCUGGUGAUGUAUCGUCUUAUGUAAUGCUGUCGAAUGCACAUUCUGCAGCAGGAAGAUGGCAGAGCGUGUCAAUGGUAAGGCAAGAGAUGAAGGAGAAAGGAAUGAAGAGGACUCCCGGGUGCAGUUGGAUUGAAAUCAAAAGCAAAAUUCAUGUCUUUGUCACUUCGGACAAGAGGCAUGACCAAAAAGAUGAGAUUUAUGUGGUCUUGGGAUUUUUCAUUGAACAUUCGAUGGAGAGCCAAUCUACUGAUAUCCUUACAGAAUCAUGAAUCCAACUUUGAGAUCAAUUCUAUUUAAGAACAGAUUGAACUGAUUGGGAUGGAUAUAAAACAUGCUCAGAUAGCUGAACUUAUAUUUUUUCGCAUUCCCUCAUGCAGUUUGUUCAGAAGCUUUGAGGUCAGCUCAGUUGGCUCAAUAUCAAUCCUACAUUGCUAUUUGCUUGGGAUGCCUGGCAAAGUUAGCCAAGAUGAGUUGAGUAGAGAAGCAAAAUGAGCACACUUGGGGAAAUUGAGGAACAAUGGUUGCAAUGCCUAUGAAACGCCGUUGGCACCGUUUUCGUAGCUCCAAAGACCUUCAGCAAUUCAUAUGAAGUAUAUGGCGAAGCAUGGGAAAGAGCAGCCGAUUAUCAGGUUCCACCACCCCAUACCAAACGGACUUGCCAGAGAUACACGAUAGAAACGCAAAUUGAUAGAGAUAUAUGAAGAACUGCUAAUUGAUAAAAACUUCCCUUCGGGCUGUCUCAAUCUAGUUGACCUUCACGUAAGUAUAAGGAGAAACACAUUACCAGAAGUACCCAGUGCAGUCCUGUGCUGGUGGAUUUUUAUGGUUUUUGUCAUUCAAAGCUGGUCAGCCAUCCAAGUGAUGUUCUUUGGAGUCGAAGAAGUGUAAACACGAAAUAUUUAAGUGAA